CAGUAACGUGCGAUUUGAAUUCGCGCCACUCGUGGACGUGCCGUCGCGCUUCGACUUCCGGUGAUUGCGGCGCGCAGUGAGUAUCAGGCUUCAAGGGCUCUUCUCUUUUCCGGUUCGUUCCGUACGUGCUGUAUAUUUGUGCAAAAUGGCGAAACGUACAAAGAAGGUUGGAAUCACUGGUAAAUAUGGUACCCGAUAUGGUGCCUCCCUCAGGAAGAUGGUCAAAAAGAUGGAAAUUACGCAGCACAGCAAAUACACCUGCACGUUCUGUGGCAAGGAUGCUAUGAAACGAAGCGUUGUAGGUAUCUGGUCCUGCAAACGCUGCAAAAGAACUGUUGCUGGAGGUGCAUGGGUGUAUUCGACAACAGCUGCUGCCUCUGUUAGGUCUGCAGUGAGGAGGUUGCGCGAAGUUAAAGAACAGUAAUUAAAUAUAAUAAAUAUUUCGUAAUAAUA